AUGGCGAAGGCAGCGCUAACAGCUCCAGAGUCCUUCCUGCAGAGGGGCGAGUCUCGCCUGUUCAACUCCGCCGACAUCGACGCCAUCAGCGCGUCCAAGAAGCACCAGUGCAUAGAGGCGGUGGCGAUGUUCACCACUGCCAAGGAGUUCCUGCAGCAGGUCGGCAGCCUCACGAAGGUUCAGAAGACCAUGCUCAUUGGCGACCUCGAGGUCAGGGCCGUCAUGACGAUCCAUGGGAAGAAGAGCAGGAGCCGCAAAACGUAUGAGUCGCUCCACGCCGUCGGCCAAGCGUUCUUGCAUGACCUGUACGCGCUGGUCCCCAGCACGAGGACGUUGGAGCCGCCGUGGAAGCUCGAGGAGAAGAAGGACUGCAGCCCGAAAGUGUCUCAGCUGAGGGAGUUCACCGAGAAGGGCCUUGGCCUGGUCGAGGUCAAGAAGCUGGGCUUCACCGAGGGCGCCACCGUUGAGCUGAAGGACGGCCCUGCGAUGAUGAUCAAGGGGAAGGUGCAGCGCUACUUGGUCGUGAAGCAGAUGAAGGACUGCCACGCGGAGCUGGACCAUGGCAUCGAGGGCGAGGUGCUGCUGCAGGUCCCGUUCGGGAAGUUGGCGGACGAGUGGAAGGUGGUCGUCGACGACAAAGUGCACACCAUCUCCAUGGAGAAGAUGGCAGACGCGCAGGAGCCCAUGCGGGCCCCCGCGAUACCCUGA